AUGGAUUCAAGCAUGUUUCCGUUCGGCUACGACUUCGCUCCCACAGAUGAAGAACUAUUGAUCUAUUAUUUGUUUCACAAGAUUGUUGGAGACAUUGUUCCGUCAAUUUCGUUGCCUGUGAUCGAUAUUUACUCCCAUGAACCUGCUAUGAUAUGGCAACAAUGCGGAGGAAUGGAGGAUAAAGACAUCUACUUUUUCACGACCCUAAAAAAGAAGAAAUCUCGUAUCAUCAGGAAGGUCGGUAUUAAUGGUGGCACUUGGAGUGGGGAGAGCAAAGGUCAUAAAGUAUUUUCUUCCGCUAACAAUGCUCCCAUUGGUACUAUUAAACGUUUCCAUUAUGAGACUUCUGGAGGAGUGAAUGCUAACGAUGACGAUUGUUCCUGGAUAAUGCAUGAAUACACACUUGAUCCUACCGUCCUAACCAAUGGGUUUGUACAUGAUUCGUAUGUAGUUUGUCUGAUUCGAAAAAGAAUAUUGAAAAAGGUAAGAAAUACAGUCUCGUCAACCAUACAAGCACCCUUUGUUUUUAAUGGCCCUACAACAACACAAACAGAUGCCCUCUACAUGGAUGGGGUCAAUAAAUGUCCAGCACAAAUGAUAGAAUCACAAGAUGAUAUAAUAUUUGCAAAUGAGCUUGAAGAGCAACUAGAAGAAUUAAAUCCAGAACAUUCUGAUAAUAUAAUGUUCGCAAAUGAGCUUGAGAACCAAUUAGAAGAAUUAGAUGCGGAACAUUCUGAUGAUAUAAUGUUCGCAAAUGAGCCUGAGAACCAAUUAGAAGAAUUAAAUGCGGAACAUUCUGAUGAUAUAAUGUUCGCAACUGAGAUUGAGAAUCAACUAGAAGAAUUAGAUGCGGAACAUUAUGAUGAUAUAAUGUUAGCAAAUAAUUUUGAGAACCAACGGGAAGAAUUAAAUGCCGAACAUUACGACAUAGAAAAAGAUUCAAGCAAGGACUUUGAAUGGGUUCGUGAAUUGAAAGUUGCGAAAAACUCAGAGGACAAUAGAGAGGGAUGGGAGAGAGAUCAGAAUGAGCUAUGA